ACUUCUUUUGUACAGACGAGCAAAAAAAAAAAAAAAAAAAAAAAAAAAAAAACGAUGGCAAUUCGAGGAAAACGAUUGUAGUUGACAGCGAUUUAUGCUAACACAGGUUAUCACUGAUUAAUGACGAAUAGCAAAAGAUGAAGCAUCAAGGAAGCAUGUGGGAGAGCAGAUCUUUUUAAUGAAACAUUGGGAGCUAGAUGUAGAGCGUCCUAAGCCUGGUUGGAUCGGCAAAGGAAGUUAUGCGCGACUAUGUUCUGUGAUCCUGGACCCUUUAUUACCUUCAUCAAGCGAAAGCCCAUUUGGGUCGAUGCGAUACUACUUUGAGGCACGUCUAAAAGGCGCCAAGGGUUUUGGAAUCACAAGAUCAGAUUGGGUGGUGGCCCAGGAGGUGUGGAUCUUGAAUUCAUCGUUACCAUUCUACAACAAUAUAUCAAUCGAUAAUCCCACUGCGGUACAUGGCAUUUGGAGAGAUGCAUUGAAGUACUCAAUAUCCAUCCCUUCGGAUUUACUAUACCUUGGACAAAGAGUCGCUGUUACAGUUCAGCUGCAUCCCUUCAACCAAGGCUCUGUCUAUGAAGGAGAUGAGGUACAGGUGAUUUACGCUACAUUCACACUACGGGAGCUAAAGACUUUCCGAGCUCAGUUUGUAAGAGACGUACACCAGACAACUGAGAAAGUUUUAAACAUUACAGUCAACACAGCUUGGCGUCAAAGUGUUGAUGGAUGGCGCAAAACGAUUAAUUUGUCAUUGCCUUCAUCACCGAUCAUGUCGCCUAAUAUGCAGACCAAGUUCAUGGAUGUCGCGCAUACAUUGGCAGUAAUGAUUGAGUUCAGGACAGUCAAAAUAUCCAAGAUUGAAAAAUUGAAAGCACAGCUGGAUGUUCAGAUCACAGCACCAUGUUUCGCACCCACUUUGCCACCUGAUUACGGGGAGACAACAAGGCAUGUCGAGUCACUUCUUCUGCUGGAGCCUCCAGCCAUUGAUCCUAACGAGUCAUUGCCCGGGUACUCUCGAUAUGAAUAGCGCCUCCUUUCCUAAGGGACGUGUAUUUUUUUUUUUU